GGCAACAGUGACACAAAUGGCGUCAGGGGCGCCUCAACAAUAACUGUAACGAGGACAUUUCCAUUAAAAAGUAUAACUGUUUAGCUCUCUGCUAAAACCCGUUUUAAUUUUAAAACACUAACCACUACGCAGUUUUCCUCAGGGGUUUAAAGCAAGAUGGUUCUAUAUUAACCAGCGGUGUUAUUUGAUAUCCUGUCAGGCGCUUGUAAAUUGAGUUAUUUGAAAGUUAACGUUAUUUGUUGUUUAUUGUUAUUUAUUGUUUACUAUGCCUUAAUGAGCUGCGUGCAAUCGCAUCGCAUCGAGGCUCGGGAAUGCAGAAAUCAGAUGAUCCAUACGAGAGAUUCAUUUUGCUUCAUCUUCAGCAUUAUGGAUUCCUCUCAGACAAUACCUCUUCUGUGCAUGCUGGCGUCCUCAUCAAAAGAGAGUGGGAGGGCAACCAAGAUUCUACUGCUUCCGACAUGAUCAACUCACCAUCUGAGAGCAAUGACUCCAACUUCGAAGAGGAGCCGGAGGAACCCAAGCCAUGUCAAAAUUUUUUCAGCUUAGACAAAGUUCUUAGAACCCGACAGCUUGUGUUUGAUUUUGACGGUGAGCGGCCCAUUCCACGCCUGAGGGAGCCUUUGGACCUCUUCACAAUCCCAUCUACCUCCUGUCCAUUCCAGGGCGUCCGCUGGCCCAUCGAAUGUGAAGUGAUCCGUGACAAAAUCCAGCAUAUAGAAUGGGACCCUUCAGAGCCGGAGCCAUUCUAUCAACUAACAGGUGAUGAACAGGCUCCCAUGCCGGUAGGAGGGGUAAGAGGAAACACUGUCUACCGCAUAGACCCAGCAACAAAAAACUUUUACUUCACCUACUCUCGUGUGGGUGGAAGCAGAGGACCCAUUAAAAGUGCCACGUCCUGUGCCAACCAUCAGGAGGAGCCUACGCUAGCUUUUGAGUCCCGUUUUGAGAGUGGAAACCUACAAAAAGCAGUGCAAGUUGGUCAGUAUGACUAUGAGCUGACUUUGCGCACUGACUUGUAUACCACUAAGCACACUCAGUGGUUCUACUUCCGGGUGAAGAACAUGAGGGCAGGCGUCACCUACCGCUUCACCAUCAUCAACCUGAUGAAGGCCAGCAGUCUGUAUAGUGCUGGAAUGCGCCCACUGCUCUACUCUGAACAUGCUGCCUGGCUGAAGGGGGAAGGAUGGCAGCGAACAGGAGCAAAUAUUAGGUACUAUAGAAACAACACUGAAAAGGAUGGAAAAGUGUUGUACUCCCUCACCUGGACUCUGGAGUUCCCUUUCGACGGUGACACCUGCUACCUGGCCCACUGCUACCCUUAUACAUAUUCAAACCUACAGCAUUACCUGCGUGAGGUCAUCUCAGACCCUGUCCGUGCAGCUUACUGUAAGCUGCGGGUGCUCUGUCGUAGUCUGGCGGGAAAUGCGGUGUAUGUAUUGACUGUAACAGCUCCGUCCAACAGCUUAGCAGAACGCAAAGCCAAGCGGGCAGUUGUUGUGACGGCACGGGUGCAUCCAGGAGAAACCAACGGCUCUUGGAUGAUGCAGGGUUUUCUGGAGUUCCUGCUGAGCGACUUGCCUGAUGCGCGUUUGUUGAGGGAAAUUUUCAUCUUUAAGGUUAUACCGAUGUUAAACCCUGACGGUGUGGUGGUGGGAAACUAUCGGUGUUCACUCACAGGCCGGGAUUUGAACCGAAACUACCGCAGUCUGCUACGUGACUCUUUCCCAUGCAUUUGGUACACUCGCAGCAUGGUGAAACGGUUGCUUGCUGAAAGAGAGGUGGUGGUCUACUGUGAUUUUCACGGUCAUAGCAGGAAAAACAACGUGUUCAUGUAUGGAUGCAGUGAUCGGAAAGAUGCCUCGCAGUGUCUUCAAGAACGCGUUUUCCCUCUCAUGAUGAGCAAGAAUGCUACAGACAAGUUUUCUUUUAGGAGCUGCAAGUUCAAAAUGCACAAGAGCAAAGAGGGCACCGGCCGCAUCGUUAUGUGGAGACUAGGCAUUAGGAACAGCUACACAAUGGAGUCAACCUUUGGAGGCUCCACACUGGGCGACAGGAAGGGAACACACUUCAGCACACGGGACCUGAAAUCAAUGGGCUAUUGCUUUUGUGACACUCUGCUUGACUUUUGUGACCCCAACCCAGCCAAGACCAAACACUGUUUGGAGGAGUUAGGGCUGUUAUUGAGACAAGAGGUCAGACAGAAGCUGGGAAGAGAAGUGGACUCCUUAGAGGAUCUGUCUGACAUUGACAUCGAGUCUAGCACAAGUGGAUCAAACAGUACCGAAUCAGAUGGACUUCCUGUUCAUCUUCUAAAUGCCACAAACCAGGGCAAGAAAAAACACCUAAGAAGCCGCAAAGAAAGGAACCGACUCCGACAAGAACGAGUAAAGAGCACAGGACCCAAAAUUAUUCAAAGGAACAUCAAACAUUUGGAUCCUGUGCCCUCAAAUGAAGAUGUGGUCAAAGUGAGAAUCCAAGAGAAAACUAUGUCCUUUGUGAAGGACACUAAGAAACAAAAGAUGCCAUGUCCGGUAAGGGCGAAUCAGACUGUGAGGUCUUGGAUCCCUCAUCCCACCACUCAGAUUGGUGUUGUAGAAAAUGUUUCAGAUCUAUGGGGGAACAGACCAGAAAAGAUUGUGCCUGCCACCAGUUUGCACAAUGGUUAUUCAUCUUAUCGUCACUCUGUCUCAGUUGAUACUGGGCAUAAAACAUAUCAGUACGCUACCUCAUCAGCCCCCCAGGGGCAAUUACAACGACAGACCCACCUAGUUAUUGGAGGUCAGAAAAGAUGUCCGUCAGUACCAGCCUCCAGAGAACGAUCUCUGAUUAUACCAGUCCAACCGUACACAAUGUCCUUGUACCCCGAUUACAGACUUCAGCCAGAAAUGAAAGGCAUGUCUUCUGACUUCUUAUUUGCAAAUUUUCAAUAAAAUUCUGACCACAUAGUUGACAUAUUUAUCAUUUUGCUGCAUCUCACAGAAAGACCCCAUAUUUCGAACAUUACACAGAGGAGUCAACAGAAACUCAGGCAGGAAAGUCAGAUGCAAGUGACCCAUAUUCCCGUCAAAAAUUUAAUGCCACUUGACAACAUGGGAACACUGAGGAUCAGUCAUAAGACAGAUGGAGGAGGUGCUAUGGCUGGCCUUGCAUCACCAGAUACAGAGAAGUCCAGAAGGGCCAACCAAAUCAGUAAACAAGAUGCUUCCUGUUUCCUCCCUGACCUACACAGCCACGGUCAAUUGUUUGGGAAUCAGGCUGCAAUCGGAAGUCUGAGGUUGGGGCGGCUGCCCAAAGGAAGCAAAACUCAGGUUUUCAGGAGAAAUGUUGCCUCUACAGACAGCCUGAGCAGUGAGGAGAACCACUACCAUGGUAGUGGCUAUUCUUCCUGGGGUCCAACAAGAGUUGACUCAAGAGUCCAUGCAAGUGGAGGACGAGUCCACAGACGUUUGGCCUCAAACAUCUCACAUGCUGCAGUCUUAUGAAAAGCUGGUCAAGCCAGAAAAAAGCACAUGAAGAGGAUGAAGAGAUGAUGGUCAUUUUCUUUGAAGCCAAGUGCCUGAAUAUGUAGUUGCAUGUAAUUCUCUAUUUCAAUUGUGCAAUCCUUAACUAGCGUUUUUUUUUUAAAUACAUUUAAUAAAAAAUACAUAAACACUGGAAAACAAAGACUUUUUCCCCCCAAUUUUAUUUUUUAGCUAUAUUCUGAAAUAGGUAGUUCACUAAAGUUAUUUUAAUAUGAACUUCUUUUCUAUUGAAGAGAUGUAAUUUGUUAUUGAAAAAUUGCUGUGUGAUCUUUUCCUUUUUUUUUGGAAGUGAC